UUGACUUUUUCGUGUUUUUGACAGCUGCUUUUUGACUGCUUGUUGACCCACAAAGCACGCAAGCUGUCAUAUUAAUUUUGCAUGACGGUGGAUAGCAAAAUGUUAUCUUCUGAACAUGCUGAUGUUGAGUUUCUUCAAAAUCAAGUGCAACGACUGAAUUCAGUACUUGCCCAGUACCAAGCAAGUGAUCCAGCUAAUGCAUCGUCAACAUAUAAUCAGUUAGCUGUGUCUGAAGAGUCAACUCCUUGGUUGACAGACAAGAGUAUCCUUUCUCCUUUGCUAGCAGAGUAUGACAGACUUCUUAACAGCCAGCAGCAAGAGAUUAACAUAUAUAAGAAAGAUCAAACAGAACUUAGAAAUAAUGUAAAACAGCUGAUAGAAGAAAAUGAAAGAUUAUUCCAUGACUUCAAGGACUCAGUUCCGAGUGAACUCCCUCCUUUUGACCAAAAUGAUCUUAAUUCACUUACCAGCGAUGAGCAGAUGGUGCAGAAUAUUCGGCAACAAUUACAACUUGCUCUGCAGGAGAAAGAAAUUAUAGAAGAAAAAUGGAGAAUUUCUUCCCAAGAGAUUGACAGACUUGAGUUGGAAUUGUCUGCAGAGAAAGAGAGUCAUCAGUGGCAAGUUGUGGAACAGCAGGCCCACCAGGUCAAAGACCAGUAUAUGCAGACAGUAGCAGCUUUAAAUAAAGAAAUAGAGAAUCUGCAAACACAUCUUAAGGAAACACGGACAGAGCUUAAUGCUUCCAAUUUGCAGCUUUCUGAGCUUCGAAAGAAUGAGUCCGAGUUAAAACAGCAACUCCUGUGGAAGGAUCAAGAACAAGCUGAUAUUAUAUUUAAAGAUGGAAUUUCGGAUAGCAGAGUAAGGGAAUUAAAAAGAAUCACUGAUGAAUUAAGGCAAAGGGUAUCCACAUUGCAACGAGAGGUGGAUGAGCUGAAGAUGGAUAAGGGGUCAUUGGAGGCCAGGGUUAUUGAACUGCAAAAGAAAACUGUGGAGUUUGAGACCAAGGAAUCGGAUUAUAUCCAGCAAGUGCGUGAUGCUGUGUCGAUGGUUGAGAACGCGAUUCUGGAGAAGGACCAGGCUGAGAUGGAAUUCCAUCAGAAGGAGAAAGAGUGCGACCAGCUACAGGAAGUCAUCAACAAACGCCUGAACGACAUAGGCAUCCAUGCUCGACAAGAGGUGGACAAGGUUAAAAAGCAAUACAAUGAGAGAAUCUGCAAACUCACUGAUGAAAUACAGAAUCUGGAAAUGUUGAAUAUGGAGUUGAAGUCUCAGCUGGAGAGACUGUUGCGAGACAAGAGAGCUGCUGAAUCAGAACUUGAGAAGAUUUAUAAGGAUACAAGUGAGGUAUCCAAGUACCAAGGUGCCUACCAGGAGCUGAAUCGCCGAGCCAUUGAUGCUGAGAGGGCAAGAGAUGAAGCUGAUCAUAAAAAUCAGAUUUUACAAAACUUGAUCAAUAGAGUUGAAAUGGAAAAGGAACAACUGGUCAGCCAACUCCAGUCUCAGUCGAGUCAAACGAAGGACAGGAUUAAGACUAUUGAGAUGGAGUUUGAGGAUCUGAAUGCAGAACGGAUGCAGUACUUGGAUGAAACUGAUAAACUCAAGACUCGGCUGCAGGACGCCACCAAGGAAAAGGAGGCUGCCAACAGAAAGUGCUUGAAAGAGAGUGCAACUAAAGAACAAGACAUCAUGAGUCGAGUGCGCGAGUUUGAAGUAAAGCUUCAGGCUACGGAAGACACAAAUCGACAAGCAAUGCUGAACAUCAGAAGACUGCUCAGUGCUCAGCAGAGAAUGAGUGCUCGGUGGAAAGAAGAGUGCCACUCUAUUACACUGAAGUUUGAGGUCACGGUUAAUGACCUGAGGUCAGAGGUCAGUCAGCUGAAAAAGAGAAAUGGUGAAUUAUAUGCUCUUCUCAAAGAAAGUCGGGAAAAAACUGCUGAAGCUGAACGACUAAUGUCCGAAUAUGCUAGCAAUAUUCGUAGAAUGGAGAGCAGAGUAUUGGAAUCACAGCAGCAUGCCCAUGACUCACGUCGAAAGCUUGCCCGCCAUCUAGAAAGAGAAAGACUGAUGUCCUGUGAGAAGGAGAGUCUGUUACAGGAACUAGGUCAGAGUCGCCGGGACUUUCAAAGCAGCAGAAUUCUACGCACCUCUGGACAUCAAGCUACUGCCGGACAGUUGAGGGACAGCCAGAGAGUGACCGAACUGACCAAUGGUCACACUACCAGUUUUCCUGGAGGCCUUGAAGUUGAUGACUUACAGUCUGAAAGAUGAUAUUUAAUGAGUCUAAUCAUGAAUGUGUACUGACAUCUAUUAACAAGUACAGUACAUCUCUAUGGGGCUGUGUUGAGCAUAAUUUGAAGGGGGUGGGGGGAAUUGGGGCACAGUCAUAUUUAUAGGCUAUUAAAGAAGCUUCCAUUUUAUGUCCCGAGUGAAAUAAUUUUCAAUUGUCACAAGCUUUAGGGAGUGACAAUGAAAAUUAUUUCAUGAGGGACAUAAACAUGAUAUGAAAUGGUAGGGAGUUUAAUAUCCUAUUUAUUAACCAUAAAUGAUCUUAAUUUGUAUCACUCAACUCGUUUGGUUGACGUUCCUGUAAGGUUGUUGUGUGCCAAUCGAUGAUGUAACUGUGUGACGUCAAAGUGUUACAUGUAUGUCCCACUUGGUGUUCUAGUGGGACGUAACACUUUGAUAUGUACCAAGAUAUUUUUAACCAUAUGGGUAAUAAAGUGGGUUCUCCAGCUAGAUAUCAUAAAAAAAAGUUCCUUCUAAACUACAAGGGCAAUUUUUCAUGUCUAAUCUGGCUGUUGCAUACCUCUCCUGCAUCCUCUUCCCUGGGGCUGUGCUUCUACAACUUUAGAGCAGUCUUACAUCUUUAAUAAUGUCACACACAUGCACUUUU